AUGAGGCGUGCAGGCCUGGGUGAAGGAGCACCUCCUGGGAAUUAUGGGAACUAUGGCUAUGCUAAUACUGGGUAUAAUGCCUGUGAAGAAGAAAAUGAAAGACUCACGGAAAGUCUAAGAAACAAAGUAACUACUAUAAAGUCUCUUUCCAUCGAAAUAGGCCAUGAAGUAAAACAUCAAAAUAAAUUAUUAGCUGAAAUGGACUCACAAUUUGAUUCUACAACUGGAUUUCUAGGUAAAACAAUGGGGAGACUGAAGAUUUUAUCCAGAGGGAGCCAAACCAAGCUGCUGUGCUAUAUGAUGCUCUUUUCACUCUUUGUCUUUUUUGUCAUUUAUUGGAUUAUUAAAUUCAGGUGA